AUGCCGGAGAGAAAGAAUCCCAGAAAAUCUCCGAGCAAGCCUCGCACUCUCAACCGCUGGGAUGAUGAUCUCGACAAGGGACUCAUGCUCUGCAUUCAAUACGCCUGUACCGAAGCUGGUCUGAAGAUUCCAUGGGCUAGAGUCGCUGAGAUCAUGGGUCCAACCUUUACCGAGGGCGGCAUCGUGCAGCACCUGGCCAAGCUCCGAAACCUCAUGAUGAGCGCCGGCAUUCCGGUGCCACCAUCUGUGAAGCGUGGAAUGAUCACCAAAGCACCCUCCAGGAUCUACGGCAGUGCCGCCAACCCUCGCGCCAGACUUGAGCCAAUUCCUGCUUUGUUCCCUGACGGCACCAGUGGCCCAGCGAAGAUCAAGAUGGAAGAGGACGCAGAGCAGCCCACUUUGAUUUAUGAGCGAGCCAAGAGCGCCGCAAAUAAGUCCAAAGAUGACAAUGGCGAGGACACUGCAGACAACACGUUCUUGAACGAAUCAGCCAUUCCAGAUGGUCCAGCCAAAUUUGCAUCAAGGGCGAAAGCCAAGACCAGAGGCAAGGGAAAGGGGCGCCGCAACAACAUGAGUGACGAUGAAGAGGAAGAAGUCCCGAACCUGUAUGACUCUGACUCCGAGUAUGGCUCUCCGAAGAAGCGUCGUCGCUCCUCUGCAAGAUCGAAGCGCAAGACGCCUGCCGCUAAAGCCGCAGUCGAUGACCCUCUUGCUCUCUCCGAGGCAACUACAUUGGCUGCACCCAUUGAAGACCCUCAAGCCGAGGAUGCUAUGAUCAAGGUCGAAGAAGAAGACUCCGGGCCUGCGAUGCGCACUCGCGGUGUCAAGCGUGACUACUCACAGAUGGCAGCUCCUUCCUCUGAUGAGGGUGAGGCCGAGCUCGAACAGCAGGAACAAACCCUGCAAGCUGUCGACGACACACUCGAGUACGACGGCGCUGCGGAGGCAUUCGCUGAAGAUGACAACAUUGCCAGCGAGGCCGAGACUGAUAUUGUCCACGCUGAGGAUGAUGGUGCAGUAAAGGCAGAGUUUGGAGGUGCAUUCCUCGAGGAAUCACACAUUGUCGACACCCCGUAUGGCCAGGUCUAUGGAAACAGUCAGAUGGUGACUGACAUGUCUCACCAAUUCCAACCUGGGAAUGUACACGAUUUCAAUCGGGUCGAUUACCUGAACGGCGGCAACCAAUUCUCGAGUCAACAGUUCGGGUACUCCAACAUUGCCUCAAUGAACUUCAUGCCUCCAGGAAAUACCUUCAACAGCCAGUUCCCGAGCAUGAGUCUGUACGCGGCAUCCACUGACUCGUCCCGCAACAACUCUCUGGGCGGCGCCAUGGGUUAUUCUAACCUUCCGUCCAUGUCCAACGCCAACUUCUUGAACACUUUCAGCUUCAACGACGGGCAUUCUGGUGACGUGAUCAACGAGGAGGAUCACGUGAACAGUAUGCCAGGAGACGACAUCUUCCUGACCACUCAGGACAGUGACUUUCUCAUCGACCCUGAAGUUUGA